UUUAUCACACAGAUCUCAACAUGAACACUUUGGUCUUUGCUUUCUUCGCCACCUUGGCCGUAGCUUCUGCUGCUCCCAGUUGGGGAUAUGGUGGAUGGGGUCAUGGAGCAGUUCUCGCAGGUCCCGUAGCUCACGGAGCUGUUAUUCCAGGACCCGUUGCUCCCGGAGCUGUUGUAGCUGGACCCCAUGCCGGAGGUGCUGCAGUAAUUGGACCAGUAGCAGGACCUAGUGCUGUAGUAGGACCACGUGAUGCUGGUGCGGCUGUUGUUGGACCUGUAGCUGGACCAAGUGCUGUUGUUGGACCUGUAGCUGGACCAAGUGCUGUUGUUGGACCUGUAAACCACGGUGCCCUCAUUACCCCCGCUGUUGCUGCCCCAGCUGUUCUUGCUGCUCCAGCUAUUGGUGCUUGGGGAUACGGUCAUGGAGGUUGGGGUGGUCACGGAGCCUGGGCUGGUCAUUGGUAAUUCCACCUUUAAAACAUAUACAAAAACUAUGUAAAUAUUCCAGUGACAAUUCAAUUUGGAAAAAAAGUAGUUAAUAUCUUUUUCUUGUUAUUUCUCUCAACGUCAAAAUUUCUUUCUAAUUCUUUUGGAAAUUUUCACAUUUCUAAGUAUAUUUUCCUAUUGAAUAUUUCACUGGAAACUUUUACAAACCUGACCUGGAUAAGUCUGAGGGGCUCUCUAAAUUAUAUUUGCAAUAUAUGUGUAUGUACUACGGUUGUGAAAAUUUUUUGUAAAUUUAUAUUUAUUUGCAAGAUUUGCUCAAUAAAGAGUUUAAAAUUGAAA